AUGACCAUGCCAAAGCUACCAUCUCUAAAACGUUUACAAAUGGAAGGAACUGAUAAGCAGCUGGGCUUGGUCUGUAGCCUAACCACAGUACUUUCCCUUGACAUCAAGGUCCAUAAAACGAGCAAUGGUACAGAGUCGCCUCCUCUUGCUCAAGAAGAAUUGCCUUUCAGGUAUGUUAGAGCUCUUGAAAAUUUAAUUAUUUCUGGGGCAUCCGUGAAUCUGGCACGGCUGCUGGAAGUGGAAGAGGAGACAAGCUGGCUGAACACAUCCCUGCAUCAUUUGGAGAUUCGACAGUGCGAUUGGUUGUUUUCAUCAUCACAACAGGCAGCAUCACCUUUGGGGUUUUGGAAGAACCUAACUUCUCUCCUAUCUUUAGAGAUCUAUGAUUGUGAUGAUCUAGUCUACUGGCCAGAGGAGGAGUUCCGUGGCUUGAGCUUCCUCAAGAAAUUAAAAAUCGAUGAUUGCUGCAAGUGGGUUGGCCCAUCAAAUUUGCCAUUAUCCUCGUCAACAUCAGGGGAUGCAGAGCUCCUACCAAACCUGGAAGAGCUGAAUGUCAUACGUUGUGAUGGUCUGCUGGAAUUGCCCAAGUUGCCUACUACCCUCAGAUCAUUGUAUGUUCAGCACUGCCCCGAACUGAAUUCCAUGACGGCAGGCCUGCAACGUGCCACCGCUCUCAACAGCAUAAACAUUUCUAACUGUCCAAGCCUGACGUCUCUGCCGGAAGGGUUUGGGCAGCUCACCGCACUCAAGUCUCUGAGAAUCGACAAUUGCAGCAAUUUGUCAUAUCUGCCAGAAGGGAUGCAGGGCCUCACGGCACUUCACCUGCUGACUAUUGCUUACUGCCCUCGGCUGUCAUCACUACCAAAAGGUCUCCAACAACGACUCCCCAGCCUUCUGAGUCUGGACAUUAGAGGGUGCCCCAAGCUGGAGAGACAGUAUGCGAGAGGAGGGCCGUAUUGGGACCUGAUCUCACGCAUCCCCCAUACCGGAACACUAUCUGAGAGGAGGAGCAACUCCAAUCGAUGAUCGCUAAAGCAGUUAGCGCAUGCUCGCUAAGGCAGACCCUAAUGCUAUGUAAGAUGAACAGCAAAUUUCAGUUCAAGAUGAAUAAAGAGCGUUCAUGGUACAAGCAUCGAACUUCUUGCUGUUGUCGAUCUACCAUCAGAAGAAAUGACAUAUUAUCCCUUGGAUAAGGUUUUCAAAGAUUUCCAGGUCUUCAAUAGUCAAGUUGCUUCAUGUGAAUCUUAUUCAUAGCUUUGAUUUGGUUGUUGUUAAGCAUUCAAAGGGACAUUAGGGAGAGAUAAGCUUAAUUGUCUUUGAGUAGAAGUCAUUUGGCAUUUAAUGCUGUGUUGAUUGUUUUCUCUCAACCUUAUUUUAUUUGACAUCCUUCGAUAUAUAAACAUUGUAUUUCAAGUCUUUGAAGAGUGCUUCUGCUUGAUGUACCAAAAUUAAUUGAAAGAUGGAGAUGUUUAUUACUUAUUUGAAUUUC